CUUCUCUCCUCUUCUCUCUUUGUAAAUUCACUUAGAGUUAAUUGCUUCCAGCAGGCUUUUCUCUCAGUGUGUCACGCUGCUCUCCGUCAUGUGAUGACAGUGUGGGCUUGUUAUCAGGCCUUAGGAUUGCUGCUGCACGGAGGAGAGAACUGGCUUGACUAUUUUAACCUCCAGUUUUUGGACCCUGUGAAACCACGCCUGCUACAGUCAUGAGAAUCUCUGCAGUGUAGAGACUAACUUCUUUGCUGUUUGCUGUUUGUGACUGGAUGACAGAAUUUUUUCAAUGGCUGAGGAGGUUUUAAUUCCAUCGUCUGGGAAAAUCACAUCGCACCUGACCGGCUCUCUGUUGGCAGUGGCACUCCUCACCUCCUUUGGGAGCUCCAUGCUUUAUGGAUACAAUCUAGCAGUGGUUAACUCCCCUGCUGUGUACAUAAAAGACUUCUACAACAAGACGGUGCUGAGUCGUAAUGGAACAGGACUCAGUGGGGAAACCCUGACACUCAUGUACUCUCUCACUGUGUCGGUCUUUGCUAUUGGAGGUCUGCUGGGCUCUGUCAUUGUGGGCAUGCUGGUCUCUCGAUUUGGCAGGAAAGGCACAGUGGUAAACUCAACAGUGCUGGUGUUUAUUGCUGCCGGUUUCAUGGGCUUCAGCAGGAUUUGUGGUUCACCUGAGAUGAUCAUUAUAGGCCGCUUCAUCACAGGAAUUCACUCAGGAAUCUCUUUAAGUGUUGUCCCAAUGUACCUGGGUGAGAUCGCUCCAAAGAACCUGCGAGGCUUCCUGGGUCUCGUGCCGAGUAUUUUUAUUGGUAUAGGAGUCUUUACUGCUCAGGUCCUCGGCCUACACGAGCUUCUAGGAAAGGAAGAACACUGGCCCCUCUUUCUUUCAGUGGUGGUGGUACCCACCUUCAUCCAGUUGAUGUUGUUGCCAUGGUUCCCAGAGAGCCCCAGGUACCUGCUGAUUGAGAAGCACAACGUCCAUGCCACCAUCACAGCCCUGAAGUGGUACAGAGCCAAGUGUAACAUCCAGGCUGAGAUUGAAGAGAUGCAGGAAGAGCAGCGCUCCUUGUCCUCAGUGGAAACGCUGUCAGUAUGGAAACUGUUGCUGGAUGACACAGUCCGCUGGCAGGUGCUCAGUGUGGUGGUCAUCAACAUCGGCAUGCAGCUGUCUGGUAUUGAUGCUAUCUGGUUCUAUACCAAUGACAUCUUUGAGAAUGCAGGUAUCCCACCACCAGAAAUUCAGUAUACCACAGCAGGAACAGGGAUUAUAGAGAUCAUCGCUGGACUCAUUGGGUGUUUCUCCAUAGAGAAGCUGGGCAGGAGGCCUCUGAUGAUUGGGGGGUUUGCCACAAUGGGUAUCUGCAGUGCUGGAAUCACAGUAGCCCUCAUGUUACAGGCUCACUUAUCCUUCAUGCGCUACAUCAGUGUCUGCUGUGUGGUCGGCAUCAUCGCUGGGUUCUGUAUCGGCCCAGCUGGGGUCCCCUUCCUGAUCACAGCAGAGCUGUUUAAGCAGUCCCACCGUCCAGCAGCCUACACUAUCGGAGGAUCGCUAAACUGGCUGUCUAACUUCACUGUGGGCUUCGUCUUCCCCUUCUUACAGAUGUCAGCGGGGGCUUACUGCUACUUGGUGUUUAGCACCAUUUGUGUGUCCGUGGCAGUCUAUGUCUACAUUGUGAUCCCAGAGACCAAAAACAAGACGUUCAUGGAGAUCAGCCGGAUGUUCUCAAAGAAGGAGGCAGUCCUAGAGACCCAGGGCCUGAUCCACGUGGACCAACUGAAACUGAAGAAGAUGAACGGCUACGGUGGCAUUGAACAUGCUUCGAUGGAGUUUGACAGCUCUUCAUCUGUACCUUAACUGAGCUUCAGGUUCUUACUGAGACUUUAAAAACAGUCAUUACUUCUGCUGUUUUGACAUGUUAACCAAAUAGAACCCUACCUGGACUCAGUGGGCUAUUGUUGGGUGUGCUGUAUAGUCUACAAUCAAUAUACAGUACAUUAUGUAGUUCUUAUUCAAAUACAUUUUUUUAGCCUGUUUGAGCCCCUAAAGGAAAAUUCCAGGGAAUUUAAAUGAGGUCUUACUUUAAUAGGUUUGGUUUUUAUUUGUGUCGGUGCUAAUAACAUGACGAAUCUGGGCCCAAGGUGACAUCCUUCGAAAAAGUUUGACAGAACAAGACACAAGCAUGAGACAUGUUGGACACAUACCUCCAGGUUAAGCACAAACUCACUUCCUGCAUCGUAUUUAACCAACUGUAUUUUCUGUAGUUAAGCACUCAGUUUUCCUGUUAGAUAAGGGAUUAAUAGCAACAUUUCAGGUGCACUCACUUUAAGUUUGAAAGUGGUUUUAAGAAUUAAUGUGUUGAUUUGCUUGUUUGUUUAAUCGUGCAACUUCUUUGUAUUAAUGUCACCAUGUUCCCAGACCUCAGCAAUACAUUUGUGAAUAUAAUGUAAUUACAACUGUUACAUAGUGUUCAUACCAGACACAAAGUAAAGUUUGAAUGCUGAUUCCCAUUUGUAUAUAUUACUUGCGCCAAACCACCUGUGUAAACAAUUCCACUGUUUCUUUCUGGAUGGCAUAGUGUUUACAGAAGCCCAAAAUGUAUGGAAUAAGGCAACUUUUCAGAUUUUAGUUGUCUGAACUCCCUCAGAGCAUUAAAGGAAAAUGUAAAAAAUAUACACAGAGAAUUGUACAGGAUGCACUCCGUGCAGUAUUGUAAACAAUAAAGUAGAUGU